AUGUCAGAUCUUCUAGCAGAGUCAAAUUGUAAGCAAGGGCAUAAUCAGAUUAUCUUCCACAUCCCAAGCUCAGAGUUUCAGAGGCUAAGCAACCCAAGCCCAAAUCUGUUGGACUUUCAAUCACCGUUGCUCCACCUUUCGUCGUUGUUGUCACCAGAAUCCGCAGAAGGAGAAGAAAAGGAUAGCAAACAAGCACUAGAAUCAGAGGAAAAAGCGUUAAAGGGUUGCGGCGAAAGCAGCUGGUGUAUUUUUCAGAAAGUAUGGGAAUUCAGUAUAGGAAUUCAUGACUUAUGGGGUACCUUGAUUCACAAUAAACUGAGAAUGAAGUUCAAACUACUACCAAGGCUGCAGUUCAUGAUGUUCUUAUCCCUACAGUUGAGAUUGCAGAAAAGGGACUGA